ACUUCGGAAAACAGAAAAAAAAGAGGAAAAAACCGAUCAUAAAAAAACACUCGAAGAACACAAACACUCGCCCCGAUCCAAACCCGAGAGGGGACAAGCCCACGCGCGAGAGGCGAGAUCCAACCCCAACCCCAACCCGAGCCACCAGAGGCCGACCAGAUCCACCCCCGCAGCCAGCGAAGACGGCGGCCACGGCGGCGGUCAGGAUGCUGCCGGAUGGCGGCGCCGACGACGAGGAGCGGUGGCUCGCCGAGGGCAUCGCCGGCGUCCAGCAGAACGCCUUCUACAUGCACCGCGCCCUCGAUUCGAACAACCUCAAGGAUGCGCUCAAGUACUCGGCGCAGAUGCUCUCCGAGCUGCGGACCUCGCGGCUCUCGCCGCACAAGUAUUAUGAUCUAUAUAUGAGGGCGUUUGAUGAGAUGCGGAAGCUGGAGAUGUUCUUCAGGGAGGAGACCCGUCGUGGCAGCUGCUCCGUUGUUGAUUUGUAUGAGCUUGUGCAGCAUGCUGGCAACGUACUGCCCAGACUCUAUCUCCUCUGCACAGUAGGAUCUGUGUACAUUAAAUCAAAAGAGGCUCCUGCGAAAGACGUUCUUAAAGACCUUGUUGAAAUGUGUCGAGGCAUCCAACAUCCUCUUCGUGGGCUUUUCCUAAGAAGCUACCUAUCUCAGAUAAGCCGAGACAAACUGCCAGAUAUUGGUUCCGAGUAUGAAGGGGAUGCUGACAGCAUUAACGUCGCAGUUGAGUUUGUUCUUCAGAAUUUCAUAGAAAUGAACAAACUCUGGGUCCGAAUGCAACAUCAGGGCCCUGUUCGAGAGAAGGAGAAGCGGGGAAAAGAAAGAAAUGAACUGCGUGAUUUGGUAGGCAAAAACCUUCACGUUCUAAGCCAGAUUGAGGGUGUUGACCUUGACAUGUACAAAGAAACUGUCCUUCCAAGGAUAUUAGAACAGGUGGUUAAUUGUAAGGAUGAACUUGCACAAUUCUACCUGAUGGACUGCAUAAUACAAGUCUUUCCAGACGAAUACCAUUUACAGACAUUGGAAACAUUGUUGAGCGCAUUUCCGCAACUACAGCCAAAUGUUGAUAUCAAAACCGUGCUGUCUCAACUCAUGGACAGGUUAUCAAGCUAUGCUGCCGCAAGUCCUGAAGUAUUGCCAGAAUUCUUGCAAGUUGAAGCUUUUGCAAAGUUCAGCAAUGCUAUUGGAAAGGUGAUAGAGGCCCAAGUUGACAUGCCAGUUGUUGGUGCAGUAACUUUAUAUGUAUCACUUUUGACAUUUACUCUCCGUGUGCAUCCGGAUCGGCUUGAUUAUGUUGAUCAAGUGUUGGGUGCAUGCGUAAAGAAACUUUCAGGGAAUGCAAAACUUGAAGAUAGCAGGGCAACAAAGCAAAUUGUUGCACUUCUCAGUGCCCCCCUGGAGAAAUAUAGCAAUAUUGUUACUGCAUUAGAGCUCUCAAACUAUCCUCGGGUUAUGGAUUACCUUGAUAAUUCUACAACAAAAGUUAUGGCUCUUGUAAUAAUUCAAAGCAUAAUGAAGAACACGACUUGCAUAUCUACUUCUGACAAGAUUGAAGCUCUUUUUGAUUUAAUUAAAGGUCUUAUAAAAGAUAUGGAUGGGGCUCAAAAUGAUGAGCUUGAUGAUGAGGAUUUUAAGGAGGAACAGAAUUCUGUGGCGCGUCUUAUUCACAUGUUGCACAAUGAUGACCAUGAAGAGAUGUUGAAGAUAUUAUGCACCGUUCAGAAGCAUAUACUUCAGGGAGGUCCCAAGCGGCUACCUUUCACUGUGCCAUCCUUAGUAUUCUCUGCUCUCAAGUUGGUCCGAAGAUUACAAGGUCAAGAUGGUGAUGUAAUAGGGGAGGAAGUUCCUGCAACGCCUAAGAAAAUAUUUCAGAUCUUGCAUCAGACCAUUGAAGCUCUCUCAUGUGUUCCUUCUCCUGAACUGGCUCUCAGAUUAUAUCUGCAGUGUGCAGAGGCGGCCAAUGAUUGUGAUCUGGAACCGGUUGCUUAUGAGUUCUUUACUCAAGCAUUCAUCUUAUAUGAAGAAGAAAUUGCGGAUUCAAAGGCUCAAAUCACUGCAAUUCAUCUUAUAAUUGGAACCCUUCAACGGAUGAAUAUAUUCGGGGUUGAAAAUAGAGAUACCCUGACUCACAAGACAACAGGGUACUCAGCAAAACUUCUAAAGAAACCUGACCAAUGCCGAGCGGUUUAUGCAUGUUCACACCUUUUCUGGACUGACGACCAAGACGGAAUAAUGGAUGGUGAAAGGGUCCUCCUUUGUUUAAAGCGUGCCUUAAGAAUUGCAAAUGCCGCUCAACAGAUGGCUAAUGUAACAAGGGGAAGUAGCGGAUCUGUCGCGCUAUUUAUCGAAAUUUUGAACAAGUAUUUGUACUUCUUCGAGAAAGGAAUUCCAGAGAUCACGAACACUGUAAUCCAGGAUUUGAUUGAAUUGAUUAGGACAGAGAAGCAAAGUGAGAACACUGUAGCUGAUCCAUCGACAGAGGCCUUCUUUGCAAGCACUUUACGUUACAUUGAAUUCCAGAAGCAGAAAGGUGGGAGCAUAGGUGAAAAAUAUGAGCAAAUAAAAACUACCUGAUUGUGCACUAAGUCAAAACAAGAACAGCGUCACGACGUGUUGUUUUUGUCUCGAGUCAUAUUUGCGGAAGUUCAGUGAAAUACAAGCCAUUGGUCUCAGCUGCCUCUGGCCUAAAGGAUCUUUGCAUCUGUUGUUAUUUGUGCAUCUUACGCUCAAAGCGGGGCCUCCCCUCCAUUUUGUGACAUGUUUGGGUUAGUCAGGUGGCAAUAAGCUUUACCCUUGGGAAGCUCAGAUCUGUACAGCGCAACUUGUGUACCAGAGUAUCAUUGUUGUAUAUCCUUUUUCUUUCUUUUCUUUUUUUGUCAAAGAACAAUUUUAGGGUUCUAACUUUUUUAACUUUGGAGGUACAUAUUUCUAUUUAUCUGGCUGGACCUUUUGCUUAAUUCAUAGCAAUGAAGGCGUUGAAUUUGAACUA